ACCUGUUCCAGGCUCCUUAAAAAUAGUUUCCGACAAAUAGCAUCUACAUCCUCACCUCAGUACUUAUUAGCAAAACCGAAAGCGAAACUGUGAGAUUAUUUGCAGCAGAAGAAGAAUCCACGCCAUGGCCAGAACGACAUCGUUCCUCCUUUGUUCUUUCGUCCUCUUCGGAACCCUAGCUCUCAUUCAGGCUAAGAAGCCAAAGGAAGAUUUGAAGGAAGUGACCCAUAAAGUUUAUUUUGAUGUUGAGAUUGGUGGAAAGCCCGCUGGUCGAAUUGUGAUGGGUCUGUUUGGGAAGGCAGUUCCAAAAACCGCAGAGAACUUCCGAGCACUGUGCACAGGGGAGAAAGGUGUUGGAAAGAGUGGAAAACCACUCCAUUACAAAGGUAGCACAUUCCACAGGAUUAUUCCCAGCUUCAUGCUCCAGGGAGGUGAUUUCACACUAGGUGAUGGAAGAGGUGGAGAAUCAAUCUAUGGAGAGAAGUUUGCUGAUGAGAACUUCAAGCUAAAGCAUACCGGACCAGGGCUUCUGUCAAUGGCAAAUGCUGGCCCUGACACAAACGGUUCACAAUUCUUUAUUACAACAGUGACAACUAGCUGGUUGGAUGGUAGGCAUGUUGUGUUUGGAAAGGUGCUAUCUGGAAUGGAUGUUGUUUACAAGGUUGAAGCUGAAGGAAACCAAAGCGGCACACCCAAGAGCAAGGUCGUUAUUACAGACAGUGGUGAACUUGAUGCGUAAUUUUCCUCGUUUAUUUUCUACCCACAUAUUUAGUAAUAUCGUAUUCCCCUUUCAGUUAGGUAUGAGACUUUUAUUUGAGGUAUUAAUGUAAGAAAAGAUAUUUCGCAUUUAAGUUGUUCUUUUUCCCCAUAUUUUGUAGUAAUAGCUUCUU